UUCCAUGUAGGAAUUUAGUCGUCUUUUAUGUCACAUGUAGAAGAACAAUCCUAGUUUAUGUAGCGCCUGUAUUCUUCUAUGCUCUGUCCAAGUAUUUACGGUGUGAGCUGGAGCGGGUUCAAAAAAGGGCAAUGUCAAUCAUCUUAUGACGAGGCACUUAAGAAAGCUGGUAUUCCAACCAUUAUUUCAUUUUGCAAGGACAUAUGUGACACGGGCUGUGAAGUCUUUUCUUGCCUUAAAAAAAAGUCAGCCCUAGGAUUUUGUCGACUUUUAAAAUAUAUUUUUCUAAAACACUGGGAAAAACACCGAGCUCACACAUUAUCCACUCGCUAGGAGGUGAAUUGUUGAAUAGUCCGAGAUAGAGAACCGAUCAGAUUGCUUAAAUCACAAAGAUAACUGAGUGUAUAUAUACUAAUGUAAAUUAUUCUAUUUUUAGCCUAGUUUUUUUUUGCAAAUACGCAAUUCAGCCUCUGGCUGCUCAUCAUUAUUUACUUUAAUAAACUAUCUAUCUAAUAAACUAUCUUAAUCUAUUAACCAGUGCGCCCCAGUGACUUAUAAAGACUCCUCCCAUCCUUCGCCCAACUACCAGCGGUUCCUCCGGCGUUUGGAUGUCAAAAACAGCAACGUUCUAUAGCUGAUUAAUAAAAAACAAAAACAAAGGAAGCACCCCCUAUUUUCUUCUGCAAAAGAUAAAGAGGAGGAUAUACCAACUAGAAUUCAGUAUUGAAGGGAAAAUAAGUUUUCUUUAUUUUUCUCUGAUUACGUUUUUUCGUCAUUUAAUAGCCAGUGUUUGUACUUUUUUUUAUGCAAUUGAACUAAGUUUCUACCUCUUUUAUAAUAUUAUAAUUUUGUUCUACCGUUUGUUCUUUAUCAGGAGAAAGAUUACACGCAUGACCUUGAUAAUCAGCGUCAUUUACAUCCUUACUUGGAUCCCAAACAGCGUCAUUUUUCUUCUACUUCGGUUCACUGACCACGUGACACCUAACUCGCCAGUUGAUCAGCUUGGAAUUCUGCUUGUCACUUUUAACUCGUGCGUCAACCCCAUCGUGUACACAUUACACAGCACACUUUUUAGACAACGCAUAAGGAGCAUGCUGUUGUGUAAGCCACGUUUUUCGAGAAACGCUAUUGCUCCGGUGGCGUACGCCACCACCCACCAGCGUGUAGAACAAGACGUGGAUGUCACAUCAUACGAUAACGAAGAUUUUGUAGAGAAUGGGAUUGAAUGCGGUUCUCAAUUGGAAAGGAGUCGUCAGAGCGUUUCAAACGAGUCAACUUCAAGUUGUAGACAGAAUUAG